CCUCCUGGCUCCAGCCCUUUUAGCUCCCGUCUUCUCCAGAGCUACCCUCCUCGAGAAAUGGGGUCCUUGUCACUCAAUACCAUCUCCUGGACCUCACUUCCCUCCACCAAAGCCUUGAAAAAUAUUAUCCCUAAACCCUUGUCGGUGAUUUCGCUUUCAAGACUCGUCAAUGUCAAGGCUUGUACCACUUCUGCCGGGGGAAACCCACAACCCAUGUCUGACCGGCGAACUAUCAAUUUCUCCGGUGCCAAACUCCAAGAAACCGUUGAUGUCAAGUCGGAAAAGCUGAGGCUGGAUUCUUGGGUUUCUUCACGCAUUCAUGGCAUCAGCAGAGCCCGAGUUCAGUCCAGCAUUCGCUCAGGUCUCGUCUCCGUUAACGGCCGCAUCAUUAAUAAGGUUUCUCAUAUGGUGAGAGGCGGGGAUAAGGUUAAUUGUACAAUAUCGGAGCUGCAGCAGCUAAGGGCUGAGCCAGAAGAUAUACCACUGGAUAUAGUUUAUGAAGAUGAUCACUUACUUGUGGUCAACAAGCCUGCUCAUAUGGUGGUUCAUCCAGCACCUGGGAAUACUUCUGGAACGCUUGUGAAUGGCAUUCUUCAUCAUUGUAGUCUUCCUAUGCUUUCACUUGCAAGUGAGGAAGUACAUCUUGAGCCAGAGGAUGCUUCUGAUGAUGAGUUUAUUGCCUUUCCUAGAGCACCAAAAGAUAAUGGAGGUGCCUCUUCCCGUACAUCUGAGGCAUCUAUUCGCCCAGGAAUUGUGCAUAGAUUAGACAAAGGAACUAGUGGGUUACUUGUUGUUGCAAAGGAUGAACAUUCUCAUUCACAUCUGGCAGAACAAUUUAAGAACCGUACAAUAAAAAGAGUCUAUGUGAGUCUUACUUGUGGAGUUCCAUCACCAGUAUCAGGACGUGUUGACAUACCUGUUGGCCGUGAUUCAAAUAAUCGAAUUCGUAUGGCUGUUUUCGAUGGAUCUACUCAUAGUCAAAAGACUCGCAAUGCUGCUAGUAGGUAUAGUGUAGUUGAAGUGCUUGCUGGCGGUGGUUCUGCUUUGGUUGAAUGGAAACUAGAAACUGGGCGCACUCAUCAGAUAAGGGUGCAUGCAAAGUAUAUGGGAGUUCCUCUGUUGGGAGAUGAGCUUUAUGGUGGAACCAAGGGAAUGGCCCUCUCAUUGCUUCAGCCUAGGACCCCAUCCAGCUUUCGUGAGAAUCUUCAGCAGUUGAUUUGUAAACUAGAAAGACCUUGUCUUCAUGCUUUAUCUCUGGGAUUUACACACCCAUACACUCUAGAGAACAUGCAUUUUUCUCAGAUGCCACCUGCAGAUUUUGCUGAAAUAUUAACCCAGCUUCGUGACAUUAGGGCAGAGAAGGUAAGACAUGCAAUAAAGUAUGAUAGGUGUCUUGAGUAGAUAGCAAAUGAUGAUAUGUUGGCUUUUAAUGCCUGAUUGCAACUUGACUCCUGUACAAGGAUAAGUGCCAUUUUAGUAGAACAUCGUGAUGCUGCAUAUGUAGAGCCUGCCAGCCUGGCGUCUCAGUACUGUUGCUCAGCAAACCUGAGUUAGGAACUGCUACUUUGUGGUUCAUCUGAUUUUCUUUAUCUAGUAUUUGAUUAGCUACAUUGAAUUGAUCACCAGGUUAGCAGGCAGGUCCACCGCUAAGAAGACACGAUUGUAAUGGCUCAUUAAGUUCAUGUUGAUAGCAAAGCAUCAGAGAGGAGUCGGGGAAACCAUUCUCUUGGCUUUAUUUGCUUCCUCAAGGUCGUGUACCAUCUUGCCAUCGCUGGCUUCUUCUUCAUGAAUCCGCCGGUCCUUUGAAUGGGUUCAGGGUACCGGAAACCAGACUUUUUCUAUGCUGAUGGAAGCAUGGACUUGUGGUUGUGGAGGCAUGAGGUCUUGAAUUGGGCCUUCCCUACUCCCUAGACGACUUUGCUGAUGCUGAUGGGAGCAUCUUUCUCAUGCUGAUCUCUAUCGAUUCGAGCUAUGCGUCUGAAUUGAAAUUCUUUGAAGAGUAACAGCGUGAUAUUUGAAGCCUGUAGAGUAGCAUGAUGG